AACUGAAAUUUCUCCCAAGAAAUUAAACUGACAGUGGAGAUGACUGUGGGAAGAAGAGCAUGCUUGAAAUAGACUGCUACUCAUUUAUUACUCAGAUUCAUGACUAAGGUUCCCCUUCUCUGCUGUGGAGGAGUCAUCAGAUAGAGCAGCUACUCUAGUUUAACCCCAGACAUGGGCUAAAUGUAGACAUGUGUAUGACAAAAUGAACAACAUCCAAGUGCAGCCUGAAGAAAUAGUUUGGUAUUCACAAAAGUACUUUCCAGUUAGCACAUUUUGCACAUAUAUGUUCUUCUCAAAGAUUACUAGUGUGUGGAUAACAGUAACAGAUGUGCAAGUCAUGUGAAUGGAGUGAAUAAAGCUAUCCCUUUCAGGUUUCUGAUACAUCAUGUAUAAACACCAAGAAGAUUUGUUUGGUUUUUAACCCAAGAGAAGUUUCAAAGAGGUUUUGCUUAUCUUAUGGAUGAAAAGGACCAAAGGGAAUUAUUGGACCAAAAAUCUUCAAUGUGGUGAGAACACAGGAUAAUAUUCUGGUAUCUCUUAGAAGCCUUGUGAUUAAAAAGUAUGAUAUGGUUUAUGAAUCUGGGUUUCAUGGAGAAGCAGCUGUCCACUCAGGAGGCUAGCAAAGAGUCCAGUUCUACCUCGUAUGCACGACACUCGGCUCCAGCAAUCAGCGGCUUGGAGCUACAGGGAGAAGGACACGGAGCGCACGACAGGAACACCCACCGAGCACCAUGGCGAGGAGGGCUCCUGUGCCCGUGUCCCCCCCCCGGCUGCGGCUCCUACGACGGCAGCAAGGCGGGAGAGGACCGCCGGCGGGGGAAGCGCGUCCCUCUGCCGACCCACCCUCCUCGCCCAACUUUCCGCGCUUCUCGCCUAGACUUGCUCCCGCGUACUGCCGCGGCCGAGCAGCAUCACGGCCCUCACAGGCUGGCGGAGCCGCGCAGUGCCGCGACCCGAGAUGAGCACUUGACGGAGGUGGAGGAGGGCAAAGCCUCUCGGAGCGCACGGAGGGGCGGGCUACGCGCAGCCCCGGGGUGGGUUGCACAAAGGAGCGGCGACGCAGGCUGGGGACGAGCCUCCCGCCCCGCCGCUGCUGCUGCGGUGCGUGCCGCAGCCGGAGGGGAGCUUUGCGAGGGGGCUUUGCGCAGCUCUGGGCGGUAUAAUUGAUAUGUUGAAGCAGCAGUAGGGAUCAGUGCGUGCACACACACCACACACCUUACAAGUUUGACUAGCAAUAACAUUGCUGCACACUAGGAGGGGAGGAGAGUCAGCUCCCUACAAUAGGGAACAAACUCUGCCACUGCACAAAAGCGGCGCAUUUCCUCCCUUAUGAAAACCGUCCCUUCGUAGGAAGAAGGGGGGGUGGUGGGGUGGGAAGAAGCAAGUUACCAUGAGCAAGAACUUGUGCUGCAACAAUCCUCCACUCUUCCCCUCAGGCCUCUGGGAGCAGGGAUAUUCCUCCCCCUCCCCCCCGCACAGUUGGCGCUAGCCCAGACUGUGGUCAGCCGCCUUUAUUAUUACUUCAUUGAGACAGAGAAAUCCUCUAAGACUUGCAUUUUGGGUGGAGGGUAGGGGGUGGAGGGACGAGAAGGAGGAGGGAAAGAAGGCAACAUUUGCUGCUCAUCAUUUUCACUGCACCGCUAAAGUAAUUGCGCCCCCCUCUCUCCUCCCUGUCCCU